AACUCCACAAAGACACCGCUCUAAAAAGGCCAGACCCAAGCGCCAGCUCCAGCCCUCAAAUCGCUCUCCACAGCUACAUGGACUAACACAAUAACCCAUUUCACAUUUCUAACAGAACAUUAUACAGAAAAAACAAGAUUUGAGAAAAUUGAUUUUCAAUUCUGAGAUUCCUCCAUAUGUAAUGCAUCAGAAGAAAUCAGAAGUCCAAAUCGGAAAAGAAAGCACCGGCGUCUCUUCCGAUUUCAACCCAACCCCACCUCUUCUCUUACCUUCUUCCUCUGAUCAGUAUACUACUUCCUCAAACGUAGCACCCCAAUUUCUCUUUCAAUCUCCAACUAUCCAAUUCCUUCAUAAUGACCCUGUUACCCCUUCUGCUUCUUCUUCCUCAACCCCCUAUAAGAGACCCCUUCUGACCCACCAUCACCACCGCUCUUCCUCUCUCCCUAAAUCCCCUACAAUCUACCAUUUCUCUACCACCCAACAAAAUCACCCUCUUUUUUCUGUUUCCGUAGGUGCUAAAUCCGCUGCCUUUCGGUUCAUCCGCCGUUUCAACAAUUUUCGCCGUCUCCGCGUCCAUCUUCGCUUAAUUCUCCUCUUAUCUCUCCCAUUUUUCUACUUCUUGGUCUCCCAUCCCAGCCACUCUUUCCUCCUUGACUUUCUAUCCGCCUUCGCUUUCUCCGCUGCUUUAUUGUUCUCUCUAAAUCUCGCUCUCCCUCGCCUCCCUUCUAUUCGAUUGUUUUUGUCUCGUUCCUUCCCAAUCAAGCUUAAAUCCGCUUCUAACAUAUCUAAACCUCCUCUGCCUGUGUUUUGGUCAAUUGGGUCGAGGCCAAAAUCGGAGAAAAGACUGAAUUCGGGGUGUUGGGUCCAGGCUUAUAGUAACGGAGACGUAUACGAGGGCGAGUUUCACAAGGGUAAGUGUUCCGGGAGCGGGGUGUAUUAUUAUUACCUUAGUGGGAGAUACGAGGGAGAUUGGGUUGAUGGAAAAUAUGAUGGUUAUGGAGUGGAAACUUGGGCUAGAGGGAGCCGGUAUAGAGGGCAGUAUAGGCAGGGACUUAGACAUGGUUUUGGGGUGUAUAGAUUUUACACAGGGGAUGUUUAUGCAGGGGAAUGGUCUAAUGGCCAGAGUCAUGGGUGCGGAAUCCAUACUUGUGAAGACGGAAGUCGGUACAUCGGGGAAUUCAAGUGGGGUGUCAAGCAUGGACUUGGCCACUACCAUUUCAGAAAUGGUGACACAUAUGCUGGAGAAUAUUUUGCGGAUAAGAUGCAUGGCUUUGGCGUCUAUUGUUUUGCAAAUGGGCAUCGAUAUGAGGGAGCCUGGCAUGAAGGUAAAAGGCAAGGCCUUGGAAUGUACACAUUCAGAAAUGGAGAGACUCAAUCUGGUCACUGGCAAAAUGGAAUGCUUGAUGUCCCAAGUACACAAAACACCUCCUAUCCUGUAUCUACUGUUGCUGUUUAUCAUUCUAAAGUACUCAAUGCGGUGCAGGAAGCAAGACGAGCUGCGGAAAGGGCAUAUGAUGUGGCUAAGGUGGAUGAAAGAGUGAAUAGGGCUGUAGCAGCAGCAAACAGGGCAGCCAAUGCAGCUAGAGUAGCAGCAGUUAAGGCAGUGCAGAAACAAAUACAUCACAAUAAAACCAAUGACAAUAUACCAAUCCCAAUCGUGUGAGUUUCACUGCAGAUACUUGAUCAGAGAAAAAUGAGAUAGCCGUAAGAGGACGAGGACUUUCGUAUCUUCUCUUCAGCCUAUUUCUUUUAACUGUAAAAUGCCUGCAUGGCGUCCAUGCUGGUGUGGAAGAAGCUGUGGAGUAGAUCGUGUUCAGUAUGAUGUGUGUGGUCUAUACAUGGAUAAUGCUGCCAACCAAGAAGGAAAAGGGAAAAUGAGUUGAGAUUUAUUUUUUCUUUUUUCUUUUUUUUUUUUUUAACUAGUAGGAUUUUGUAAGAUGAGGGGGAGUUAAUGGAAUAUGUGCUGGCUGGUCCUAGGGUGAAACCCUAGCCCAGCAGUGUAUUGCAUAUGAGAACUAAUCAGCAUCUUGAAUGAGAUAUAACCACGUUCCUUGUUGUGGGAACAAAUUGGCUUGUAA